AUGAUUGAAGACUUCAGUGAGCACCACGUAGGUGAAGCAAAUACCUUGCAGCAUCACGGUUACUCCAGAAAGUUAGGAAACUCUGUGUUAACACUUCCUCUACGCCAAGGGGCCAAGGGACACCCGCAACACUGGUCUCCCUACACAGACAAUGGUGGCACCAUCGCUGCCAUUGCAGGAAGCAACUACGUUGUGCUUGGCGCCGAUACACGCUUGAACGGUGACUUCUGCAUUCACACCCGCUCGGAUACUUCCAAGUUGUUUAAACUCACUGACCGCAUCUUCCUCGCGUCGUCGGGCAUGCAAGCGGACCGUCUUCAGUUGCAGCAGAUGCUUAAGUAUCGCAUUCAAUGGUAUCAAUACAAUAACGGUGGGAAAGUGCCGUCAACAAAGGCCAUCGCAAAGCUUACGUCCACAAUGCUCUAUCAACGGCGUUUUUUCCCAUACUACACAUUCAAUAUGAUCGUUGGCAUUGACGAGAAGGGCGCAGGUGUGUGCUACAGUUACGACCCUGUUGGCUCGACGGAACCCUUUCGUUAUGGCACAUGUGGUUCCGCUAGCAGCUUUGUGGAGCCACUAUUGGACUGUUUGCUUACUCGACAACACAUGGUUACGCAGGCGCCGGCUGACCUCACGAUGGAAGAGGCUCUGGGCAUGUUGAAAAAUGCCUUCACUGGUGCAGCUGAGAGGGACAUAUUCACUGGUGACACCGUGUGCUUCCACAUCGUUACUGCGGAUGGAGUGGGUACAGAAAUGUUUGAGCUCCGCAAAGACUAA